AAGAUGGCGGCCCUCAGGGCUCUUGUGUCCGGCUGCGGGCGGCAGCUCCAAACGCUCCUGGCAGGCCCCGCCGCGACCGGCUGGUUAUGGCUUCCAGCUCGCGGUUUAAGAGAAGUGGUGAAAAUCCAAGAAGGGAAGACGACUGUAAUUGAAGGCCGAGUCACAGAAAGCCCCAAGGCAACUCCAGAUCCCCCUAAUCCCUCAGGCCAGUGCCCCAUCUGCCGUUGGAAUCUGAAGCACAAAUAUAACUAUGAGGACGUGUUGCUGCUCAGUCAGUUCAUCCGGCCUCAUGGAGGCAUGCUGCCCCGGAGAAUCACAGGCCUGUGCCGGGAAGAACACCGAAAAAUGGAGGAGUGCGUGAAGAUGGCUCAUCGAGCAGGUCUGUUCCCAAAUCACAGACCACGGCUUCCAGAAGGAUGCUCACCAAAGGAUAAGCCCAAGCUCAAUCGCUAUCUGACUCGCUGGGCUCCCAAGUCCGUCAAGCCAAUCUACAAGAAAGGCCACCCUUGGAACAAGGUGGGUAUGGCCGUGGGAUCACCUCUCCUGAAAGACAAUGUCCGCUACUCCAGAAGGCCUCUGAAGCUGAUGCACUAAUGGGAGGGAUACUGCUGAAGAUCCUGACUAGAACCUUCCAGAAGAUGUGCUUGCCCCUCCUGCCAGAACCACUGUCCUCCACAAACAGGGCAGGGAUGUUGGAACUUACUUCUGUUCCUUAGAUCUGCCCAGCUGCAGCGUUGGGAGCCAGAGGCAGCCAGGAGCUGGAUCUCCUGGUCACUGUUCUGAUGACUGGCUGUGGCCGAGGUCGGAGCAGGAAACUUACCCAA